GAUGCACACUGACUCCCAAUCCGACUGCACCGGAUCCAGCAGAUGACAUUUUAAAAACAGUUUUUUUUGUUGUUGUUGUUUGUUUUUUUGUGCGCGGAUCACUCAGUGACUUUCUUUGUCUUUAUGAGGGAAUUACCGUUACACUUUUUUCUCAGAGUUUAUUCAUUUAUUUAUUUAUUUAUUAUUUCUCUGUCUUCAGUAGUUUCUGGAGUUAUCGAGUAUCAAGGGAACACAGCUGAAUACUAAAUGGUGAUAUGAAGAAGGGCAAACAAUACAUGGAAUAACGGACCAUCAGUUCUAACACCAUCACAUGAGAUCAUGGAUUUUUCAACAAAAAUAUUUUUUGAUAUAUUUCUGGUGAUUUACUGGAUACCAAAUCAUUUCAAAAGUCAUUUGAGGAGAACUUCCUAUAUCUAAAAAAGGUUUUUUUUUUCACGAUAAUUUUUUAAAGCUUUUCCCAAUAUGGAUUCUUUAUAAUGAGUUGCAGUACCUCUCAAGAGAUUUAAUCUUUGGUAUUCCUCAUUUUAAUUAGCAACACAACAAUCUGGAGUCUCCUCAAAAGUUUAAAAGUUACAAAAUGAGACUUGGUUAUUGAACCAAAGGAAUUUAAGUCUUCUACUAAGGCUGACUCUGGCUGUUGCCUCGAGCUGCAGCUAUGGACAUUAAGGCGAGGCAUCAUCCCUUCUCCCCAGCAACCUCACCAUGCUGAGCAAUGCCUUCGACGUGGUGUACAUGAUGCUGGAGCUGCUGAUUGCCCUGCUCUCUGUCCUGGGCAAUGUGCUGGUCUGCUGGGCAGUGGGCCUCAACAGCAACCUCCAGACCAUCACCAACUUCUUUGUUGUUUCACUGGCUGUGGCAGAUAUUGCAGUGGGUGUGCUGGCCAUCCCUUUCUCCAUCGUGAUCAGCACUGGUUUCUGCGCCAAUUUCUACGGUUGUCUCUUCAUCGCCUGCUUUGUGUUAGUGCUGACCCAGAGCUCCAUAUUUAGCCUUUUGGCCAUUGCCAUUGACCGCUACAUUGCCAUCAAGAUCCCACUAAGAUAUAACAGCCUAGUAACAGGGCAGCGUGCAAAAGGCAUCAUUGCAUUCUGCUGGGUUCUAUCGGUGAUCAUCGGUCUCACGCCCAUGUUAGGCUGGCACAAAGCCCGCUCUGGGGAGCUCCUCAAUAGCACCUGCCCACCCGGCAUGAUGGAGUGUUUGUUUGAGGAGGUUGUCGUCAUGGACUACAUGGUUUACUUCAACUUCUUUGCCUGUGUUCUGCUGCCUUUGCUUAUCAUGCUGGCCAUAUACUUGCGAAUCUUCAUGGCUGCACGCCACCAACUCAAAUGCAUCGAGUCCAAGGCCAUGCCAUGCGAGCUAAAGUCCCGCUCUAUCCUGCAGAAAGAGGUCCAGGCAGCAAAGUCGCUGGCCAUCAUCGUCGGCUUGUUUGCGGUGUGCUGGCUGCCGUUGCACAUCAUCAACUGUUUCACUCUGUUUUGUCCGGAGUGUCAACGGCCGCCAGUUAUCGUCAUGUAUCUGGCUAUUAUCCUCUCCCAUGCCAACUCGGUGGUGAACCCUUUCAUCUACGCCUACCGUAUUCGCGAAUUCAGAUAUACCUUCCGAAAAAUCGUGCGCUAUCAUAUCUUGGGUAGACGGGAGCCGAUAUCUAGCAAUGGGAGCACCCAUACCUCUGCUCGAGCAAGCAUAGCAGACUCGCUUAGAAUUAAAGUCAACGGCCUGAUGCGUGACCUCUACACCGAACAGAGUAGCAUCACCAGCAGCUGUGAAAGUGCAGAGCCUGGGCACACACAUAGGAAUAUUGCUACAGAAAACUCAAAAUUAGACAACAAGCCUGUAGAACUCACUAAUUCUCACAGGUAUCGAUCAGACUCUGCUCUAAGGCUUCCAGAGUCACCGCUUACUGGGAAUAAUCAAGUAACUGCCUGCAGGAAGCAUGCUGUGUUUGAAAUUAAGGAUGGAAAGGAUCUGUUCUCGCCUCUUCACAUUAAAUCAUCCCUGUGCCUGCAAACAGCUCACUGCUCUGAGCUCACAGAGGUUUCUUGAUAGCUGGUACUCUCUGAAUGAUGUAUUCUGCUCUGUUGUAUUUAUUUGCCUCUUUAGAACUUGCCAUACAUUUUAGCACUGUAUACAGUGCUCGUUAAUGCUACCAAAAGUGAAGAAAAUACUCAUGAUAUUGGGCCAAAAUGCCCUCAUAGUGGAUUACACUGUUUUUAAUCUGAUGUUGACUUGAUUUAAUAGGUAACAGUCAUUUGUGUAGAUUGGGAAUUUAUUUAAAUUAAUUGAUUUGACAUAAAUGUCACAAAAAUGCCCCUAAAAUCCAUGGAGGGCAAGAAUGGCCCCUUAAUAAAGAUGAUAAAGAUUAUAAAUGACACUGAUUAAUUUCUAUCCUCUAUCUCAAAAAUUCCGUUUUAUUUGGUUUUAUUUAUUUGUUUUUUUUUUUUGGUCAGUCUAGUGGUGGUUGAUUCAGAAAGAAAUCUAGCCCAACAUUACAUCCAGUGGGCAUGAACAAACUAUUGUAUUUACUUCAACCUCAGUAAUACAACAUAAACAUGAGCCCAAAAUUGUAUGUGUACCAAUAUUGGUAUGAAAUAAUAUGCAUAUGAACCAAUGCCCAUAGAGCAAUGCUAGGUGGCUAAUAGGAAUUGGGAGAGUAUUAAACCACCACUGUACCAAAACAUAUGAUCACAGGACAGUUAAAACAGUGUCAGAAUGUUUUCAUUGGUGUCAUCAACAUCUUGUGUGAGUUAGCUGGUGGAAACCAGUACUGAAUUGAUUUAAUCUGUUUAGUGUUCAGUCUGGUGCAAGACUGUAUUCCAUAAGGCUUGCAGAUGCAUAUAUGAAGCAUUGCAACUCUUCGCAGUGCGUGUGGUAUGGCUAUAAGUGUUAUGAAAACUCUUUGAUGAGUUUUAAGCAGUGUUGCUCUUUCACUCUAUUGUUUUCAAUGGAAGUUUCAAAUGUUAUCUCUUGUGAAUGUCCUUAUGUUGCACAAGUCAGAUAUUGUUCUACCCUGACAAUGCUGAUGAAUCAUAUGAUUUCUUUUUAAAUCUACUGCUUGUAUUUUGUGUUAAUUCUGUCUGUACAAGAGAUCAGGUCAUCCAGUACUGGAGCACAGAAACAGCAAUGUGAACACAUUUUCCUCUAACACAUGAAUAAAUGACAAUUACUCA